CGGAGCCGGGCUGGGCAUCUCCGGUGUGAAGAGCCCUUCCCGGGAUCCGAAGCCCCCUCUCGUCCCCGUCGGACUUUGCAAGCCAGGGUGAGCCCACCCCCCAGCUCUCCCGGGAGUGCCCAAAGCGGAGCCGGAUCUGCAGAAGUGGCGCUCCUCAGUACCUUCCGGAGAAAGCAUUUGGGGGUGUUUCUGACGACUGCAGCUCAUCCGUUGCUCGGCUGCUUCCAGCACUCCUGAGACAAGAUCGACAGCUCAAGACGGAAGGCCUCUUUACCUUUUGAAGGAGAGCAGUGCUCCAAGAUCCCCCAAAUUUCGCAGGGAUUAAGCUUCUGGGAGGGUCCUUCAUUGCUCGGUUUUUCUGGAUCUAGGGAUUUGUAACUGGGGUGAGCAUGAAAGAGCAGUCAGGUGCCCUUCCAGAGGAAGGGCCGGAAGGAGCGAGAAACCCCAUUGGCAUGGCCCAGUCUGAAUUCACUGGGGAGCGACCCAGCUGGAAAGCGAGGCAGGAUGUCCGAUGGGUCCCCUCCAAGGGGAUGCAGCAGCAGCACUGGGAAUCUCAGUGGCAAGAGUUCCUGAAGACCCUCCAGUCUCCACACUCGGCGUGGGGAAGCCCACAGGUGGCAGAGGAGACCACCCUGUGGGAUGACGCCAAGGCCUUCCUGGCCUCCUUCGAGCAAGUGGCCCAAGCCUGCCAGUGGCCCAGGGAAGAGUGGGUGGUCCGGCUCCUGCCAGCGCUGAGCGGAGAAGCCCAGCAGGCCUUUGGCAGCUUAGAAGCCAGAGACAGAGAGGAUUAUGGGAAGGUGAAGGCGGCCAUCUUGCGCGGAGAAGCCAGCCGCAUGGAGACCCUGCGCCAGCACUUCCGGCAGUUCCGCUCCCGGGAGGUGGAGGACCCGCGGCGGAUCUACAGCCAGCUGCAGGAGCUUUGCUGCCAGUGGCUGAGGCCGGAGCGGCACUCGAAGGAGCAGAUCCUGGAGCUGCUGAUCCUGGAGCAGUUCCUGGCCAUCCUGCCGCCGGAGCUGCAGAGCUGGAUCAGAGCCGGCGGCCCUGAGAACUGGAAAUGGCAGGAACCCUUGCAGGGGCUGAUCAGGGGCUCUCCGGCGGAGGAAGGGGCUCCCUCAGACUUUGAUCAGAGACCGGCCGUCAAAGAAACCAAACAGAACAGCAACAGAGAUGCUGGUUUGCUGGGCAGUGGAAUGAGGUGCCCCAAUGAUUCCGAGAUCUCCCUUCCUUCCAAAGAACAGGAAACUACCAGAGCUGGGCCGACGGAGGCACCGGUGACCCUCAAGGAGACGAGCAUGUCUGUGCACGUGGUUGAGCCGGCUCUGGCAAAGCCCAGCCAGAGGACAAUGUUUUGGCAAGUCAUGCAGGAAGACGAGGGGAAUGCAGAUUCUCUGGAGGGACUUUUGGUUCCUAAAUCUGACCUUGCCUCCCACCUGGAAAAAGACGGCGAGAUGUUCGUUCAGUUCCCAGAGGAAAGCGAGAGGCUCCCGGGCCGAGAUCCAGGUCUCGAAAAGCGAAGCCGGAUCAAGAUGGAGGGCUCUCGGCAGGGCGAGGCGGGCCCGGAGGAAACACAGGGGGCAGCGGCAGAAAUAUCCCAGUGGAAUUUCCCUGCGACAGCUGAAAUUCACGUGCCGAGAUGUGAGUUCAAUAGGGAACAGGGGAUGAAGCCCAUGAAAGGGGAGAGCGAAUGCUGUGAGAUUGCAGACGGUCUUACGGCUGCCAAUAGCAAAAGUUUUGCAGUGCCCGCUAGGGCAAAGAAUCCCUUGGUCUCCCAAUACGGUAGGAGGUACGAAUCAGGACUCAUUACAAAACAUACUGGAAAGGACCACUAUGUAAGUUCUCUGUGGGGGGACAACUUCCAGGGAACCUCAGACCUCUACAAAGGUUGCAUAAUGCCUGUAGGAGACAAAUCUUAUCAGUGCUCUGUGUGUGGGGAGAGCUUUCCUCUGAGAGCGACCCUGAUCAGACAUCAGAGCAGCCAUACGGGGGAGAAACCAUACGCUUGCCCCGAGUGUGGGAAAACCUUCACGUCCAACACGUUAAUGCGACACCUGAGAAUCCACACUGGAGAGAAACCAUACCAGUGCCCCGAAUGUGGGAAACGCUUCAUCCAGAGAACAGUUUUGAUGAACCACCUGAGAAUCCACACGGGAGAGAAACCGUACAAGUGCUUUGAGUGCGGCAAGAGUUUCAUUCAGAGAGUGCAUCUGAUUAGACACCAGAGAAUCCACACAGGAGAGAAACCGCAUCAGUGCCCUGAGUGCGGGAGGAACUUCUCUCGGAGAGAUAAACUGAUCAGACAUCAGAGGACGCAUGGAGGAGAGCGGGUUUAUGAAUGUCCCGAAUGUGGGAAAAUCUUCCAUAUGAGAUCUAAGUUUAUGAGACAUCGAAGCAGCCACGUAGGGGAGAAAUACUACAAAUGUUCUGAGUGCGGGAGAAGCUUUGCUUCCAAAGGAGCAUUGACGAAACAUCUGAGGUUGCACACCGGGGAGAAGCUCCAUAAAUGUCCUGAGUGCGGGAACUGCUUCAUUGAGAGGGCUCACUUAAUUAGACAUCAGACGAUCCAUACAGGAGAGAAACCUCACGAGUCGUAUCCAUGUGCUCAGUGCGGGAAAUGCUUCCGAUACAAAGAAACUUUGAAAAAGCACCAAAUCACUCACACAGGAGAGAAACUGCACGGAUGUCCCGAGUGCGGGAAAAGUUUCACUCUGAGAGGAGCGCUAACGAGACAUCGGAGGAUUCAUACAGGAGAGAAACCCUUUGAAUGUUCUCAGUGUGGGAAAUGCUUCAGGCAGAGAGAACACUUGAUGGUUCAUCGAAGAAUCCAUACAGGAGAGAAACCAUACAUAUGUCCCGAGUGUGGCAGAAACUUCUCUCGGAGAGAUAAGCUGACUGGCCAUCAGAUAAUCCACACAGGGGAGAAACCGUUCGGAUGUCCUCAGUGCGGGAAAUGGUUCAACCAGAGAACAAAUCUCUUGAGACACCAGAGGAUCCAUACUGGAGAGAAAGUGCACGAAUGUCCCAAGUGUGGGAAAAACUUUUACCGGAGAGAUAAACUGAAUCAACAUCAGAGAAUACAUACAAGGGAAAAACGUUACGAAUGCCCCGAGUGUGGGAAAAGCUUUAUUCAUAAGGAGAAAUUCCUGCGACAUCAGAGAAUUCAUCGAGGCUUCUAGUGGUGUUUACAUUCCGAGGAUAACGUAACAUCACCUUGCGAAACAUCAACGAAAAUUCAGCG